ACCAAAGUGAGAUGGUAUCUUGUUGACGUAGUGACACCUGAACGUCUGUAAUGGAGGUCACCGCAGCACGCCUGGAAAGAGCCGGAGGACGACAACAUCACCCAGACAUGGUCACGCAAAAGCAGAGAACAUCCCAAUCCAGACUUUAUCUGCUUCUGAAAAAGUACAUAGUUGUAAAAUCAAGAAAAAAAUCAGCCAGACCAACUCAAGUUGAGUUUGAGCAGUGGGGUCAGUCCCUGGAGAAACUUCUCGCCCACCAGAGUGGACUGGUGGCGUUCAAGAUGUUCUCGAAGUCAGAGUACUGUGAGGAGAAUAUUGAGUUCUGGCUGGCCUGUGAGGACUUCAGGAAGACCAAGACAUCAGAAAAGCUGGCCAUCAAAGCGAAUAAUAUCUAUGAGGAGUUCAUCAGAAAAGACUCCCCGAAAGAGAUCAACUUGGACUUCUACAUCAAAGAACGCCUCAGCCAGCGCCUUCAGCGGCCAAGCAAGAACUGUUUUGAAGAAGCUCAGAAGAGAAUCUUCUACCUGAUGGAGAUUAGCACCUACCCUCGCUUUCUUCAGUCGGACUUUUACCACGUCCUGAGGGCUCCUGAGGGACUGUAGAGACCCCUAAAGCCACAGUGCUAACCACAGCUGAGCUGAGUUGUGGCUGCCUGAGGAAGCAGAGAAGUUCAGUUUUGUCUCAGCAGUGACACAGCUAGCAUGUAGCAUACUGCUGGUAAGCAUUUGUGAGAAUGUAGCACACUGCUGGUAAGCAUUUGUGAGGAUGUAGCAUACUGCUGGUAAGCAUUUGUGAGAAUGUAGCGCACUGCUGGUAAGCAUCUGUGAGGAUGUAGCACACUGCUGAUCAUAAAUGCUCUGCCAGAUCAUCUCUCUGGAGGCUCUGUUGUAGGCCUUGCUAGAGGCUCGCACUACUGUCUGUGGUUGGGAACCACAGCAAGUUCUUAUUUGUGGUUGAACUGGGCUCUUGAAAAAAUUUUGAUU